CACCAACAGCAAUCGGCCCUGGGGGGGCAGGUUAAAUGUCGGGCAUAUCCGUGGACGGGUGCCAGAAGCCUCAACUCGGACAUCGCCCUCUCCGCAAUGGCCCCGAUCAGCAUUGGGGCCUCCAUCCCCCUCCUUCUCCUCCUCCUCCUCUGCCCCCUGAGAGUCUCGAUCAGUUCCCCCCUUGGAACUGAGCGCCUCAAAACUGCCUUACCCAAACCUCCUCAACCUAAAUCGCCACAGACAAAGACAUAGGGACAAAGUGCACGAAGGACACAGCACCAAGUACUUCCAUUGCGGAGCCGUGCACUCCCUCAGUGGAGACCGGCGUUUCGAAACCCUCAAGUGUCUCCACAUCCGGGGAAAGGCCGCAUGCCUCCAGUCAACUUAGAGCAGAUGAUAUAUGAUCAGAAUACGAAUCUCCAGGCAUUUGAAAAGGAGAUUAUUGGGGCCACCACACCAACUCCGCAGGAAUUAGCCGCCUAAAACCAGCAUUUGAAAAAAUGUGUACCAAUCUGGAAAAGGAUCUUCCCGCAAGGGGAGUUGAUUCCCGUCGGAAGUCGAGCUAGUAAGUGCCAUGCCUUUCAUUUUUCUCAACUUUUUCUUGACUGUGUACCUUGUAGCCAGUUUGGUUAAUAUCACCUGAUACAUCUCUAAUUUGAUUGCCUUGCUCUCCUCCAUUUUGUGGGUACCAUAGCAGGAUUCGCAAUUACGAAGUCUGAUCUCGAUGCCGUCCUCGUGUCUCCCUAUCGGGAGGACUUUUCCUGCACCCCUGACAAGAGUGACGAAUCCAAUUCUCUUCCACAUAAUCUGGCGGAAGAAUUUCAGUCUGUGGGGUUCGAGAUUACGCUACUCUUAAAGACCCCUGUACCUAUAAUGAAGCAAGCACACAAAGGUACAGAUGAGAACUCAUUUGACUUGAGUUACGACAUCGGGUUUAAUCAGGACCUGGGAGUGCAUAAUACUAGGACGCUGCAAACACAUAGUCGAUGCGAUCCAAGAGUCAAGCAAAUGGUUCUUUUUAUAAAGGCGUUUACGCUUUCACCAUAAUUCUAACCUCGCAAUCCCCUUGGCAGUUCAGAAUCUUGUAAACUUGACACCAUCACAUGCCAGUGGUGGACCAAGAGAAGACAUAUCAAUAGCCCAUACCGUGGUACCGUUCCUUCUUACCGCUACGAGCUCAUGAUCAUCCAUUUUCUGAUCACAGUGGUUGACCACCCUGUUUUGAUCAAGCGGCGGGACACCACGAUCCCUGAAGGCGCACCGCCUGACCAGAUAUUUCAUGAGGGUGGCGAAGGGGGCAUCAUCUUUGGUGUGCUAAAGAUAUCCAAAAUCUUCCCAAGACCCCGAACCAAAUGAAUGUCGGCCACCUCCUCCAUGGCUUCUUCGAAUACUAUUCACAUAGGUUCCAAUGGGAAGAGAGGUCAUCUUCAUCCGGACCCAAUGCGGCAUAUUGAGUAAGUAAGGUAAGGGUUGGGUUACGGCUGUUGGUAGGCCGGGGAGGAGCAGGCAUACUCAGGUAACAGAUAGAUACUUGUUUGCGAUCGAGGACCCAUUCGAAAUCAGAUACAGCGUGGGCAGGAUCUGCAAUGCCACCGGAAUAGACAGGGUUCGAGCAGAGUUCAAAAGACCCUUGAACAUUAUGAGGUAGCGCGGUGGUGGGAAGUCAAUGAGGGAGGAUUUACACCAGGAGGCACCCGCGGAGAAACCAUGGGUUAGGAGGGAAGAUGACAUCAGGAUGGAUUGGAAAUCUAAUGCAGAUCAAAGUGCUAACAGAGAGAUGAACAAGGAUACC